UGAAAUAUAUUGAUCGUGACAGCACUGAGGGCUAUCUUAAUGUUCAGUGUGCCAAACUGCUUGGCAAUUGAUAUAAUGUACAUUUGAGCUAUGUUGAAGAAGAGCCAUACAAAGGGAGAAAAAAGUGAUAUGGAAGUUGAAGCUGUCCAAGCUACUCAUGAAGAACUGCGGAUUAAAUUGACCAACAUCCAGGUGGAAUAUCAGCAGGAGAAGGGCAAGCUGAAUAAACUGAGAGAGAAGCUCCAGGAAGUAAAACAAGAGCGAGAACAGGAUCAGUAUAAGCAUACCGCCUUCAUAUCGGAACUGAAGGCUAAACUCCAUGAAGAGAAAAUGAAGGAACUCCAAGCUCUCAGGGAGGUCCUGAUUCGCCAACAUGAGCAAGAACUGGCUCGUUUGGUAAAAGUAAAAGACAGUGAAAUCCAGCGACUACUGUCCGCAGUCAAUGUAUUACGGGAUGGGGCAGGUGACAAAGUGAAAACAGCCUUGUUACAUGAAGCCAGAGAAGAAGCCCGGAAAUUGUUUGAUGGUGAGCGUAUCAAGAUGCAGCAGGAGAUAACAGAACUAAAAUCAGGGAGAAAGCAGCUGGAGGAAGCCUUGAGUAACAUCAUGCAGGCCGAUAGGAUGAAGGCCGCUGACCUACGUGUAGCCUACCAGUCCCACCAAGAAGAGAUUAGUAGGAUCAAGCGUGAAUGUGAAAAAGAGAUCCGCAAGCUGAUGGAUGAGAUAAAAAGCAAAGAUAGAGUCAUUCUGGCUUUGGAAAAGGACCUUGGUGCCCAAGCAGGCCAUACACGGAAGCUGCUACUCCAGAAAGAAGCUCUGGAUGAACAACUUGUUCAGGUUAAAGAAGCAGAACGAUAUCAUGGCAGCCCGAAGAAGGAACUUCCUGUUGGAGCAGGAGAGGUCACUGAACUCACAGAAAGCCUGGAGCAACAUCCAGAUGAGCGAGACGUGCGGAGAUUUCAGCUUAAAAUAACAGAACUCAGUGCUGUAAUUCGGAAAUUAGAAGACAGAAAUGCACUUUUAGUGGAUGAAAGGAAUGAAAUGUUAAAACGGUUACGGGAGACAGAAAUACAAAUUAAGCCUCUUGUGGAAAAAAAUAAAAGAAUGAAUAAAAAGAAUGAAAACCUGCUUCAGAGUAUUCAACAAAUGGAAGAAAAGAUUAAGAACCUUUGCAGAGAAAAUAUGGAAUUGAAAGAAAAGUUGUCUGCUCAGCCAACUUUGAAAAGACACACUUCACUGAAUGACCUCAGGAGCACACAUGAAGGAAAAGAAGUUGAAUUUCUUAAGCUGAAAAUCAUAGAACAACAGCAUCUUAUUGAUGAUCUCACAUUGGAACGGGAACAAUGGUUACACUCCAAGAAACAGAGAAGGAAAAGUUUGAAACCCCCAAAGAUGCAUGUUGUGGAGACAUUUUUUGGAUUUGAUGAAGCAUCUGUUGAUUCAGAAACAUCAUCAGUGACAUCCUAUAACACAGAUAAAACUGACAGGACUCCAGCCACACCAGAAGAAGAUGUGGAAUAUAACACACCUAAAGAGGAAGCUGAUUUGAGGUUCUGUCAGCUGACCAGAGAAUAUCAAGCUUUGCAAAGGGCAUAUGCCUUGCUCCAGGAACAGGUCGGGGGAACUUUGGAUGCAGAAAGAGAAGCUAGGACACGAGAAAAGCUGCAAGCUGAUUUACUUAAGUGCCAAGCAAAAAUUGAAGAUUUGGAGAAAGCUCUUGUUGCAAAAGGACAGGUUUCUAAAUUAAUAGAGGAGAAUCAAGUACUUUUGAGGACAAACCAAGAAUUGCUAGAAAGGAUUUACAAAAUGGAACUGGAAGAAAACCGACUGAAAAGUGAGAUUCAAGAUGCUGGAGACCAGAAUGAACUGCUGGAAUUCCGUAUCUUAGAACUGGAAGUAAGAGAUUCGCUGAACUGUAAACUCUCAAAUGGAACAGAAUUUGUCUUUGAACCGAAGCUGAAAUUCUUAUAAUGUUCUCUAGUAUUAGUCUGUAUAUAAUAGAAAAAUCAUAUUUACUGAACAUGUACUGUGAUGGUUUUGGGGUGCACUGUUUUCAACGCGUAAUGCCACCACCAAUAUUAAAGAGAACGUUCACUAAUUUUAUGAAAAUGUAACAUAGUGAAUAUGUACAUAGUUUAUAGCUUGCUUUACAGCCAAUAAAA